AUGCCUUGUUCCACCAGGAUCAUGGAUUCUGCCAUAAAUGGCCACAUCCUGAUGCAGUGCACUAAUGAGCAUUGUGGAUUUAGAGCUAUCUUGGAUCCCACGUCUCUGUCUGGCCUGAUUUUCAGCAACUCCAUGGUUUGGUUGGUACUACCUCAGCAAACCCGCAACCAUUUAUUCAACUGGUCCAUCAGCGUCGCACUUUAUCUGCUCAAGGGACUGCUACUACUACUCGAGGAUCAGCAAGUCAUCAUGGAUGCUGACGCGUGUCCACCUGUCUCCUGGUUGGACAAGACCAGGAUGGUGUGGUUGUGA